AUGGCCCUCAACAGGGGUCCUCACACUGGGCUUCACCAUCACCUCACAGCAGGGGCGCAUUGGGAGAUCAACCUGGCGCACUCUCCCAAUGGCCUUGAGCUGAUCCCACCACUGCCACCAUCGGAGGAUGUGUUGGGGCAGACUGUUCCAGCCAAACAGAACCGGAUUGUUGGUGGUGGUUUGGCCAGUCCCAACACCUGGAAAUGGCAGGCCUCUCUACGAGUUCAAAGCGGGACUUGCUACAACCACGUCUGUGGUGGAGUUCUGAUCAGAAAGCAGUGGGUGCUGACCACUGCCCAGUGUGUAGACCACCUUGUAGUGUCCAUGGUUGUGCUGGGAGACUAUGAUCUGAUCACGAGCGAGAAUUCCAGGGAGCAGUACUAUGCAGUGAGCGCCAUCUACAUCCACCCCAACUGGAACCGCAACCUGGCUGAUGGGAACGAUAUCGCUCUGAUCCGUCUGAGCUCGGAUGUCAUUCUAAACUCCUACGUGCAGCUGGGUACUCUGCCCACCAGCAGCCAGACUCUUUCUGGUAGUGUCUGCUAUACGACCGGCUGGGGAGUCACACAGACUGGAGGCCUUUACUCUGCCAUCCUAAAGGAGGCCUCCCUGGCUGUACUGGAUUAUGGUACCUGCUCUUCCAGUACCCACUGGGGCAGCGUCGUUAAACCCAACAUGAUCUGUGCUGGUGGUGGAACCAAUGCUGCUUGCACUGGUGAUUCUGGAGGCCCUCUGAACUGCCAGGUUGGUAAUACCUAUGUUGUGCAUGGACUCGUCAGUUUUGUGUCUGCUGCUGGCUGCAACACCAUCAAUAAACCAACAGUCUUCACCCGAGUGUCUAACUAUCUGCCCUGGAUUCAGAGUGCCAUACCAAACUGGGCGCAGGCUGCUGCUUUCGGUCUGCCACGCUGCCAUGCUGUACUCCACCCUGCUGGGCUCUGGGGGGCCUGUGGUAGCACAUUAGCUGUGAUUGAGAGCCAGAGACCAAUGGAAAAAGAUUUGAGAGCUGCAGGGUGCUGGCGGGUUGGUUUUUGGAUCAAGAUGUAG